UCUCUUGCUGUGAUUGGCUGCAGUAUUUAUUAUAGUGUUUUUCUAUUUUGUCUCCAGUAUUGCGUUUCGAUGUCUGGAUCCUCAGGGGCGGAGUUUGUCCUCGUCAGAAGGCGGGACUUGGAACGUCUGACCACAGAAGUCAUGCAGAUGAAAGAGUUUCUGCCGCAGAUCCUAAACCAGGAAUUAUUGUCUAAUGUCCAGAGACUGGAGCAGGCGGAGAGCGCUCUGGAUGUAAAGGAGUCGGACUGCGAACAUUUCAGAUCCCGCCUGGAAGCCGCUCAGAGUGAAUGUUUGCAGGAGAAGGAGGAGAAGCUGUCUGUUCUGGCCCAGCUAAGCAGUCUCCAAGAGCAGUCUCUGCAGCAGGCUGAGUUCUGCACCCUCAUGGGUUCCACUCUAUGCACUUUACUGUGGGGGGUCUCUAGCCGAGAGGAGGCGGUGAGGAGCCUUCUGGGAGGGGGGAAGGCAGUGGCAUUUUUCGGCCUCGCGUCGCAGACUUUGUCCAGUUACGUGGAGUCUCUGGAGCAGCCGCAGGACGAGGAGGCUGAGGAGAGCCAGUUUGUUCUGGGUCUGGCUGGGACGAUCACCAAUAUUGCUGCUGUCUCUUUCGGACGAGAGUUCCUGGUGACCACCUGUAGAGAUCUUCUAGAGACCUGGAUUCACCUUCUGGGGAGGAUCAAACCCGGGACCUGCUGUCGGCUCCGAGUUCUCAUGCUGAUGUCUCUCUACAAUGUAUCUAUUAAUCGGAAGGGUGUUUCCUGGAUGAGUCAAAAUGUCUCGUUAAUCUCUCAGCUCCAGAGACUUCUAACAGAUCGAGACCCUGACGUGUGCCUCCAUACCCUGCGUCUCCUGCAGUCCGUGGCACUGGAGUCAGACGGACCGCGCCACAUGCAAAGUGAGCUGCACAAGUGUCUGCCCCGCAUCGUGGAGCUGGCCCAGAGCCGGAGCGCCGAGCUGCAGACUGCGGCCGGAGAGCUGCUGGAGGAGAUGAGAGCCCUGGAGGCAAAAGGGUAAAUGGGGGCCCCAACCGCCCCGCGUACGAUGCCACUUCCUGGAACUGAUGCCUCUGCGUGUUGGGCUGUUGUGUUACUCUGUGUGUUUCGUUGCGUAGCUUCCUGUGACAUCACACCACAUAUUUUCUGCUGUUGUAUGUGUGAUGCCACUUCCUGCGAGAUUUAGAAAUGCGCCUGUUUUGCAAUAAAGUGUGAGAUUUGUGGUUCAA